AGGUUACGAGACUUCUCAAAUUGAUAGAGAACACGCUCUUUAACAACAACACGUUCUUUAAGAACAACCUGUGUGCAUUUCGACGACAAUAUUCCACAUUUAACGCAGGCAAUUGAAUCGGUAGUUGUCAUUUCAUGUUUGUUAUGGAAUACUCAAUAAAAUUAAUUAAUAUUAUAAUAUUUGGCAGUUGCGUAUUCUAUUUAGCAAAUUUCGAAGUUAAAUACAUUGAAUAUUUUCAAAGAAAAUAUGUAUAUUUUUUACGAAGUUUUCGAAAUGAAUUAUUUUACCAAAUUUGUUCUUGUUCCGUUGGCACGCCCAAAAAAGGUAGUUUUGGUUUUUUUUUUAGGAAAACGAUUGCAUGAAAUAUCUAAGAAUUUUCAGGAUAUAAUAUUGUAUAUACAGAAAGAAUUUAAAAAAGUUUUAAUUUUUAUCUCUAUUACGCUUCUAUCUUUUUUUAUAUAUAAUUUUUAAUUCUAAAAUCGGGAUUUAAAAAUUAAAAUUUUGUUUUAAUUCAAAAUUAUUGAACUUAAAAAUUGCAAUCCUGUUCAGAACAGUGCUUUUCAGAUAAUCUUGACUUCUCUUAACGAACACUUACACAACGAGGCCUGUACGCUUUCAAUGAAGGAACUCUACCAGCUUUUCUCAGAAAUUUCUUCAGUUUUCGAAAAAAACUAGUUUUGUAGGUGUAUAAGGAGCACAUUCCUUGAAUACGUCGUGGACUUCCCGUCACUUGAACUGCACCUUCUCCUAAGCUAUCACUUCAACGCUUACAUAAGAAGUGGUAGUGUUGCUACAUAGUCCAACCUAACCGUCGCGAUCUACCCUUCAAAAGACUGUGGUUUCCAAUUCGUUUAGCCUCGGCUAUAGCGUUUUGUCUUUAUUCAUAAAUAAAAAAAAAAUAAUAUAACGGGUGACUGCGUCUGUUGGUACACAUACAUAUAAUAUUAUAGUUUAUUACAACACAAAAUACGUAUGUUUCAGGAAAGCACGUCAAAGUUGUUAUAGUUUCGAACACGGUUUUACCACAUUUGUUGUUAAAUGAUAUAUGCCCAUUUGUUAAUCAAAAUUUUAAUUUGCGUUUUAUUUAGAGUCAACAAUCAAUGAUUCGUCGUUAGACCCUCUCUUACCCCUACUGAAUGAUGAUUUUAAUUUUUGCGAUGUAGCUCAAUUCGUCCCCGAGUCAAUGACACAAACAUCAACUUUGUCAAAACCUGAGAUGAGGAACCCUGAAACAGAAUGUUUAAAUUUCCAGGUUCAUAACUUGUCUACGUUUUGUGAAAAACUUAUAAAAACACCUGAGCUCUGGGCUCCACUCGAAAAUAUUUCAAUACCCACAUCGCCAAGUUGUAUGUUGUUGAACACAUACGAAUUCCAAAUGCAAAAUGAUUCUCUUAAGUCAAUUACAGAAAAUCCUAUGUUCGGCGACGCUACACCCACACUAAAUUUGGAUGAAAUAUUAGAAAUUUUUGAUGAAUGCAAUGAACUUCCACCAUCGCUACUAAAUAACUCAAGUUCGCCCAACCAGAGCGAAUUGGAUCAAAGUCAGCUUGAUUUAACCGCGACUCUAAUGAAUUUCUUCCAAAAGGAGGACAUUAUACCUAUUUUCAAUGAAACGGCGCAAAAUGCAACAGAUGAUAUUUAUUUCAUUUAAAGAUCUAGAAAACAGAAAAAAAGACAUUGUUUGCUCUGAAGGUUAUCUCAGCUUUAGGAACUAAAUUGUAUACCGUUAAAUGAGUAGCCAGCAAUGCUGUUAAAUAGAUUCUUCUUUAAAUACGUUGAAUAUUACAAGAUAUAUUUAGUUAUACCCUGGUCAAGGUUUAUUAAGUUUGUCACAAAGUUUGGAAAAUCCAGAAAGAAGUCGGAGACCUUAUGAAGUAAUAUCUAAAUAAUAAGGGUAUUGAGCUGAGUGGGUUUAGCCAAGUUCGUCUGUAUGUAUGUACGGAAAAAUUUUAAACAUGUGUGUUUUCUCCAAGAUCCCGAUGAUGAGAUGUUUUUCUCGAAUCCCCGAGAUUAGACCACCAAAGCAUAUAUCUGAUAUAUAAACUGAACGAUCAAAACCACGUCCUUAUAAAGAAACCUUUUUAUUUGACAAGAUAUUUUCCCGAAAUAAUACAAUUGACAAAAAUCUUUAAAAAAGCAAAAAGAGCUUAAAAUAUGAUUUCUUUCCGUUUAUGUAAAAAAUAGCAAAUUUAAUUUCACGAAUAAUUAGUAUUAAUUGAAAAACUUGAACUCCCUUUAAAAUGGCUUGGCCAGUGAAUUUUUAUUACUAACUAAGGUUUUCUAAGAUAAAGUUAUUUAACACUAGAACUACCAAGACCGUCAUUUUGACGGUUCUCAAAUUACAUGCUUAAAAAUUUGAUCAUUAUUUAUAUAAUUGUUCCAGAGUUUUAUUACGACUUUUAAUAAAAUAUAAGAACAGUUAAUUAUUACUAAUCAAUUCCCCCUCACCGACUUUAAUUUCCAUAAUCAGUAUGACCUAUACCUAUUUAUACCAAGACCCGUCAAAAUGACUGUUAUAAUAAUUUAUAUAUCAUCUAUGCAAUGAUGGGCAUCAAUACAUACAUAUAUAUAUAUAUGUACAUAUACGUUGAUUACAUCGCUUCCUGACAUUUUAUACUGAAAAAUCCAAAGUGUGCGGAAGGCCUUACAACGCUGUUAGUUUAGAACUAAAAACUAUAACCGGUAAAUAUAUUCAGGAAUCUGUGUGUACCUUGUGAAAAGCUUAUUCUCGGAAAAAUUGAAAUUUAUUUUUUGUAAACCCUAUGCAACAAUGAAACGAUUUCCAGGAAGCAAAAUUUUGUUUGAAGAAUUCAAAAAACUCACUAAAAUAAAUGAAGACUGUUCGGACACUAAUUCAGGUAAUAACGAUUUGGAUAUACUUGUAUAUAUUUGGAUAUUGCGUGGUAAAUGAAACUGAAUUUUUACAUUCUGAAGAAUCUUUAGAUGAAAUUGAAGUGCAAGAUAUUGACAAUGGAUUGUACUCCAGAAAAAAGUCCCUAUGAACCCAAAUCUUGCCAAAUUCGAUUGUGCAAUAAAAACAGAGCGAUUUAUACUUGCAAUGCAUGCAGCAAAUAUCGCUCAUUUGCUGCAAGACCGGCAUAAAUCAAAAAACGUGAUUUUUGAGUUAAGGCUGCAGAAUUGUUCGUUAUAUCAUACUUCAUGUUGAGUGAAAAAUUCAUAUGAAUACCUCUUAUAUGCUCCGCUUGAGAAGAGGUGUAAGGUUUUUUUUAUAAAUAAUUAAUGAAUUAUUAUAUUAAAUGUUGUUAUUGCUAAAUUGUAUUCUUUUAUUUAACUUAACCCUUACGUUAGUAACCGGGUAUCCGAGUAUUCACCGCGGUGUAUUUGUGUGAAUUGCUUAAAAAAAAUCAGUAUUUCAUUUUAAGCUCUCAAAAAUCGUCGUUUUUUUAACUUAAAAGAAAGCUAUUUGUGAGUUCAUUUAAUUGAUUUUUUUUAUAUUUUUUUAUAUUUUUUUUAUAUUUUUUUUUUAAUAUUUUUUUUUUAAUAUUUUUUUUUAUAUUUUUUUUAUAUUUUUUUUUAUAUUUUUUUUAUAUAUUUUUUUUUAAUUUUUUUUUUAAAUAAGCUCAAACUCUAGCCAUCGCCUUAUUAGCAACCGGGUACCCACAGUGGAAAACAUAGGAAAUAAAUUGUAUAUAAUUUCUAUUAAUGCAUGCAACUAAAUUUUAUUAAAAAAAUAUAGAUAUAUUACACUUUUUUAUAAUUAAUGACAUUGAACACAUUGUACACGAUUAACUGAGUGCUCGUCACAAACAGGUUGGUGACAAUUGGCACAGGCCUUCCGUGUCUUUCGCCGUCUUUUUAUUGGAAAAGCAUUGCAGACAUGACAAGAUCCUGUUACUUUUUUCCUUCCGGUUUUAUCUUUUGGAGUCUCUGGACCAGGAUUUUUCACGACUGUUUCUGUCAGUGUAUGGCCUAAUACACUUUCAACGGCAAUCUUUGUGUAGAAGUGGCGCAUUACUUGUGGAUUCGCCGUGCGAUGUUCAAUCAUCGGCAAUGUUAGUUCUUUACUUAGUUUACGCAUAAAUUGACGACGCUCUGACGUUUUUUUUUUUGACGAUCAUUUUAUUAUUUUCAUAAUAAAUUAUAUAUUCUGCAUAUUGAAGAACAUUGCCAUUGGCCAUCUCGAUGUAUCGCCGCACCAUUUGGUCCAUUGUGUCAACUCCAGCUUUAUGUUCGUUAUAAAAAUUUAUUAUUUCUGGUUUUUGUUUAGCGUCAUCACCAACUGAUAUAUCUGAAUGCAUUGUCGAUAUCAGAAUGACAGCUUUUUUUUUUAGGAACGUAGGAACACAUGGUAACCUUUACGUGAAAUCCAAAAACUGUCGAAUACUGCUCCCGUGUCUUAUUCGCUUAAAUAACCCUAGAGAUGUAAGGUUUAUUCUUUUUAAGCGUGCCAACAAUGGUAAUAUUCCACGACAACAAAUGUUUAGCAACUGGUACAGUAGUAAAGAAGUUAUCCAUGCAGAUGUUUCUACCACUACCUCGGUACGGAGCCGCCAAUUCUUUCACUACUCUUUUACCCUGAUUUUUUUCUUCAGUAUUAUCUGUUUUACCAGUGUACACGAUCCCUUGCAAAGGAUAUGCAUUUUCUGCAUCACAAAUCCACCAGAUCUUUAUACCAUACUUAGCUGGUUUCGAUGGAAUAUACUGAGUAAAUCCAGUACGACCACGGUAUGGAUAAAGCUGUUCAUCAAUCGUUAAGUUAGCUGUUGGUUUGUACAUCUGAGCUAAAUUUUCACACAUCACGAAUUGGAGCUGCCUUGUCUUCUUUUUUAUGUUCACUUCGAGUAUUACUAUCGUCGAAUCGCAAAAAACGCAGAAUAUUAUGGAAUAUCGUCAACCCAUCGUCGUGCGAUACAGCGGAUAAGAAUUGGAGUGCCACAAGUCAAAUUUAUGAUCUGUGUUCGAAUUCUUUGCUCCAGCACAAAUCAAGUUACCGAAGAAUUUUUAGAAUUUUUUUUUUUAAUAAAACAAACAAAAUUUGUAAUACUCAGAUCGUGGGUACCCCGGUACCCGGUUGCUAAAAGACGUCGGUAAAGUUGGUUACUAACAUAAGGGUUAAACUAACUCAAAAGUUACUAUGAAAGCCAUAAUCAAAUUCCGUCAAUUUGACGGGUGCGGUAAAACUAGGUAUAUAUUUAACGGCGGUAGUUCUAGUGUUAAUUCGAGUAGAAAUGGGACGUGGUAUGCAUUGUAGUCCUGAAAAAGACGCAUUAUGCACAAUGUGAAAAAAUCGUGACCAUGGCUGUAUAUAGCUUCUACACAAACUGACCGACCAAAUCAAGUCCUUUUGAAGGUGCACAUCUUUACUUACCGUUUACAUUUACUAAAAAUUGCGCAUACGUUUUUAAAUAUAUCAGCGUAUGGUGUACUUUACAAACACGGGGUUUGAAAUUAUUAAUGGUAAUAUGACCAAGCAACAAAACCAUAAAAUGUAUUGAAUAAUUCACCGGCAAUUACCGCCCCCUAAUGUACAGGGUGUCCCAAAAUUAUCGCAAGAUAUACGUUUGCCGCCAUCUCAAUAAAUCUUCACCGUUAAUGAAGUUAAAACAUUAUUCCAAACAUAUUUUGUAUGAUAUUUCGAGCUGCGACCGCAAAGCUUUCAUUAUUUUUGAAAUCUUUUUCAAUAAUGAAGAUAUGUUGUUCUGUCGUGUAAUGUUCAUCACUUUACUGCAUAAAUGGUAGCAAAUUUAAAUUUUUCGUUAACUUUAGGACACCUAUUUUCACCCAUAUCUCCGAUAAAUAAAGGCUUGUCUAAAACUAUAUGAACUUUUUAAACGCUGCACCCAGUAUAUACAUGUACAUUUAAAGUUAUAGCUGCUCAAGACAACGUGGUGGUUAUUUAUCCUUAUCGCUGUUGUGUAGUUAUGCAAACACACAAUAUGUUAAAUAAACGUAAUAUUGAUAUGCCACUAUUGCGAAACAGGAAAUAUCUCAUUUUAGUGCUCCGUUUAACCGUGAAUGAAAUUUAUAGAGGCUUAAAGAGUCAAUAAUAACAUACCUCCAAGACUUUUGGUGAGUAUAUUUAGAAUUAAGUAAAAUCGAAUUUUUACCUGAACAAUGUAAGACUACAGUGAUCACUACAUUAAAGCAUUUUUAUGCUUACGUUGUUGUAGCCUCAAAGUUGGUAGCCCUAAUUUAUGAUAAAUUAUGAUAUAAAUUUUCGCCAUAUUACAUAUGUCCAAUGAAUGUUUGUGAGCAAAUAAUCUAUUAUAAACUCUUUAAUUUCACCAUUAUUUUAAUUUUAUUUAAAUUUGUGUUUUA